GACUGGAGUCUGGACAUUAUUCUGUGACUGAGCAACAGGAAGGAACCAGGAACCCAAAGAGACUGACUCCCAAGACUCACUGAAGGCAAACUCAGGGACAAAAAGAUGGCACACAGCCCCACAGGCAAGGCACAGGUAUUCGACAGACCAAAGGUGGAGCUUCAUAUCCAUCUUGAUGGGGCUAUAAAACCUGAGACAAUUUUGUACUUUGGGAAGAAAAGAUGUAUGAAAUUGCCUGCGGACACAGUCGAAGGACUAAGGGACUUGAUUGGAUACGACGAACCCUCCACUCUGACAAAAUUUCUCGAAAAAUUUAAUUACUACAUGCCCAUUAUAGCUGGGAGCCGAGAAGCUGUGAAAAGAAUAGCUUACGAACUCGUGCAAAUGAAAGCCGAGGAGGGCAUUAUUUAUUUUGAGGCUAGGUACAGUCCUCAUCUUUUGGCCAACUCUGGAGUUACUCCCAUUCCUUGGAACCAGCAACAAGGAGACCUAACUCCAGAUGAAGUGGUUCAACUCGUCAACCAAGGUUUGAAGGAAGGAGAAAGGGAUUUUAACAUCAAAGCAAGGUCUAUUCUUUGCUGCAUGAGGCAUCAGCCUGAGUGGUCAAAGGAAGUUGUGGAACUUUGUAAAAAAUAUCGCAGUGAGGGAGUUGUCGGUAUUGACUUGGCGGGGGAUGAAUCUUUAAACACCAAAGCCUAUUCUGGACACCAAGAGGCCUAUAAGGAAGCUUUCAACAGCGGCAUUCAUCGGACUGUACAUGCAGGUGAAGUGGGGCCACCUUCAGUUGUCAGAGAGGCAGUAGAGGUCUUGAAGGCUGAGAGGAUUGGACACGGCUAUCAUACAAUUGAAGAACCUGCUCUCUAUCAACAGCUAUUGAAGAAUGAUAUGCAUUUUGAGGUGUGUCCUUUAUCCAGCUACCUUACAGGAGCCUGUGAUUCAGAUUUUACCAAACAUCCCCUCAUCAGGUUCAGAAAAGACAAAGCGAACUAUUCUCUGAAUACUGAUGAUCCACUGAUAUUUAAAUCCACGAUUGACAAAGAUUAUCAGAUUGCAUCAAAAUACAUGGAUUUCACCGACGAGGAAUUCAAGAGAGUGAACAUUAAUGCAGCCAAGUCCAGCUUCCUCCCUGAGAACGAGAAGAAGGAACUUCUGAAGAAGUUGUACGAUGCGUAUGGAAUGAUAGAGCAGCAAGAUCUAAAAUUCGACAGAUUAAAAAUAUGAAGCGGUUGACUGAUUUUGGGAUUCAAAAUGGAAAUUACUCAAUAUGAUAAUUAAUUGGAACUCAUUCACUUUUUUCUGAUUGCUCCAUAAUAAAACUUGCGGUGAUUUUGCAGUAUUUUAUUACAAUAUUUUAAAUGCAUUGCUUAUUCUGUAUUGAUGUCCAUGUUAAACCUCAGAUUCAAACUGGGCUUUGUAUCCCUCCAAUCAUAGUGUAAAUUACAUCUUAUCAUGUGUGCAUGUCAACCUGUUGAAGAAGUCAGUUAUUUCAUUACAAACAUCCCACACAAUCAUUUUUUUGUCCAAUUCAGGUUAAUUUUCACCUUGACCCUUGUAAUGAAGUCCCACAGUACACUCGUCAGUUUAGAUGAAACAAUUUGUACAGGUUGUGUUGAAUAUAAAAUGUUCCAUAUACCUCACACAUUUUAAGUACAAACAACCACUUGUAAUCCCUUGUCCAAUGGAGUAUGCUCAUGUUUGUUUAAGUGUAGAUUUUUCCUUUAAUGAAGAAAACAGGGAGCAAUAAAAGAUUUUUGCAUUGAGA